AUGGCUCCUUGGGAAGGUGUGAGCCCAGAUUUUGUGGUAGUUUACCUUGAACCCAAAGAAGUAAAGAUUCUAUCAUGGUGGUCGUUGAUCGAAGAAGAAGGAAAAGAGAAGAAGAAGAAAAGAGAAGGAAGAAGAAGAAGUAAGGAGAGACUUAGUUCACCUGAGGCUUCUACUGGACUAGUGCUGUCCCUAGGUAAUAUAACUUGCGGUGAGGACAUAUAUUUGAAUCAAGAAUCCGGAUUUCGGGAGUUUGGACACCGAAAUGAUGAGACCAGUGUUUUGCCCCUUGCCAGCACUGAUCAUGAGACGGUGGCCAUGGACCCUCUGGUCAGUAUUCCAAAGGCUGAUACCGACCACGGAUCUGAGUGUGGAUGUGAUGAUUGUGCCUAUGGAGGCCAGUUCUUCUGAAGAAUAUGAUAGACAAUUCAGAUUCUCUUUUUGUGUUUUUGUAUUCCAUUGGAUCACGUACUUUGAUAUGUAAAUGUUUAUUGCUGAUGUAUCGAGGACUGUGUAAAUAUUUGUCUUGGAAAGUAUGCUGAGAUUGUAAAUAUAUUUAUCACUUAGCUGAC